CCACUCAUUAAUUGACCGUUGCGUGAGAAAGAUGGCGACUGUGCACUAUCCAGUGGCUGUUGGCCGUCCCCCACGGCAGAGGGUACGCGACGGGCUGAGCCCCCUGAUGAUCCCUGCGUAAUGCCCCAAUUCUCUCUGGUGUGUGUGGCUGCAUAUAGGCUUUGGUUGUGGGUGUGGACUACCAUUCCAUCCCCUCGCCCGAGAUCACCAAGCUUGCCGCCCCAUGUCGCGACGCCUGCACGUUCCGCGAGUGAGAAAGCAGAGAGGGCAUGGCCUUGUGUGUGGCUCACUGUUUGUUCACAGGGCCCUGCGUGCGUUCGCCCCGGAUGUGGAGGCCCAGGUCCUGACCGAGACGCUCAUCGGGCCUGACGGGCAGCUGCUGCCUCAGCCGGCCCCGUAUGACAACCUCCCCACUAAGGCCAACGUGAGGCACUUUUGUUUGUCGCGCCAUGAACUGCCUGCAGCUGAUUGAAUGAUUGGUUGUUGUCGUGCCUGCAGGUGAUCAAGGGUCUGCAGUGGCUGGUGGAGGGCGCUGCUCCAGGGGACUCCUUUUCCUUCUAUUUCGCCGGUGUGUGUGUGUGUGUGUCUCCUUCUCGUGUCUUGAUGUGUGUGUUCCCGGCAUGGUGUCUCCUUGUUGUCUCUGUCUGUCUGGCUGGCUGGCUGGAUGUCUUGCGCGCAUCAUCACAUCAGGUCACGGUACCCGCAUCAGUCCCGGCGGCCCACAAGCUGCCGCCACGACUGAAGGCGACUGGGAGGCCAUCGCACUGCUCGACAACCUCAUGCUGCUCUCCGAGAUAUGGAUGUACACCCUCUACCUCCCGCCAAAGACGUUCAUCGGCGUCUUCAUGGACUGCAGCCACGGAGCGUCCGCACUCGACCUCUCCAACGUAGCCGUGAGCCCCGGUGGCCCGGCGGAGGCCAAGGUGCCGUCGCUGCGUGUGGGCCCGGGGAUGAGGCUGCUGACGCCGCGAAGGCCGCCCAUGUGGUUCGACUUCGGGAGGUAUCCGCGGAAGGCUCCCGGGCUUCUGGCUGAUCGGCCGCAGGUGAGCGCCUUCUGUUUCUCUGCGUGUGGGUCGAAGCAGACCUGCCAGGAGAUCACCAACCCAACCAACGGUCUGGCGCAAGUAAGCGGCCGAGACGACCGACCAUGGGAAAGAAAUGGUGUCUGUUCUGCAUCUCUCUGUUCUCUCCUUCAUUUAGGGUUUCUUCACGUUUUGUCUGUACAACGCUUUGUACGAGUUGGCUCCCCGCCGGCGCGUGUCCGUGGCGGACAUCUACGAGUGCAUGCUCACCUACGCCCGACACUACGCCAGCCUCCUGCAGCACCCAGACGGCGCACCGAUGCCAGUGCUUAAGUACGGGUCGAUGAUGCCCCGCUACUGCCGGUUCUUCAUGAUGAAGCCCAAGCCCGGGGCGGAGGGGCUGCAGGCCACGUGGACGCUGUCCGAGGCCACCGUGUCGCCCCUCGGCUCACCGUAUCCUCCAAGCCCUGGUGCUUUCCCGAGCCAGAGGGGCAUCCCACCGGCCACCAUGCGUGCGACCAUCGGGGGACCGAGUGAGACAAAAUGAUGGGAGGCACGACACGAGACACUUGCAUGUCUCUCUCUUCCUGUCAGCUCUGAUGCCGCCACCACCUGCAGGCGGCUACCGCCCCAUGGUCAUCCCCCCUCCCGGCCACACACAAAUGCCCAUGCAGAUGCAGAGGCCGAUGCCGAUGCCGAUGCCGAUGCCGCCCGCCGCCCCAGGAGCGUCCCCACAUCCCGUCACGCCUCACAUCCCCUUCACCUCGAUGCCGAUCGACUCCCACCGGCUCACACAGACAGUCCGGGGCGUCGCGUACACGGGAGGGGUGCCUGUGGCCGUCCGCAGGUUGGUGCCGCCUGGCGGCCAGGUUGGUGCGGGUGCUACUGUGCCGCAGCUGGUGGUGACGCCCGAGGAGGGGGCGCCGGCACCGCAGCAGGAGAAGCAAGAGGGGGUUGAGGGCGAGCAGGGCGGGGCGGGUCUGGCGCCGGCCGGGGCGGAGGAGCGGCAGCCGAUUGGGGACGCCACGCCGGGAGGGACCUUUGUGGCCAUGCCACACAUCAUCCAGGGGUAGACAGCAGACAAAUACCAACACACAAACAGGCAGACAGACAGGCAAACUUCGUUGUCCGUUGUCUGAGCGAAUGGC